CUUAAGCUCCCUCUCAUAAAAAACAUACCGAAAAUUUCGAACAUAUACGACCUUGUGAUCUUCAACAAUAGGGACAAAAUGGUUGGUGUUAGUGAAGCAAAACAUGGUGUGGAAUGGAGGGUGACAGUGUCAGAAGGUUCAUCGGUAAAAAUCGAGGACGGCACCGGGUUUUUAAGCCGUGCAUGGUUAGGUUUGGCCGGGAUUUUGUUAGCCAUGAAAAUGAAGCUUUUAGGGUUUGUAAGUAAGGUUUGGAACAUUGGAGCUGAUGACCCUAGAAAGGUGAUUCAUGGUGUCAAGGUUGGACUUGCACUUAGUCUAGUUUCACUGUUUUAUUACACUAGACCUUUGUAUGAUGGAGUUGGUGGCACUGCCAUUUGGGCUGUCAUGACUGUUGUUGUUGUGUUCGAGUUCACUGUCGGUGGGUGUUUGUGCAAAGGUUUUAACCGUGCAACCGCGACAUUGACCGGUGGAACUCUUGCAUUGGGUUUUCAUUAUCUUGCUGAUACAUCCGGGAAAACAUUUGAGCCUAUAAUUAUUGGUGUUUCCAUGUUUUUGCUUGGUUCAGCAGCAACAUUUUCUAGAUUCAUUCCUCUUAUCAAAGACAGAUUUGAUUAUGGAAUCACCAUCUUCAUCCUCACCUUCAGUUUCGUCUCCGUUUCCGGAUAUCGAGUUGAACAUCUAGUGACAAUGGCUCAACAACGGUUAUCAACAAUUGCUAUUGGAAUCUCUAUUUGUUUUUGCAUUUGCAUAUUUAUUUGUCCAGUUUGGGCUGGAGGUGAUCUUCACUUUCUUAUUGUACGUAAUAUGGAAAAACUUGCUACUUCACUAGAAGGACUUGUGGCUAACUAUUUUGAUGAUGAUGAUGAUGAUGAUGAAGAAAAUGAGAAUGAGAAAUCACCAUCUAAAACAUGGCAACAAUAUAAAUGUGUUCUUAACUCAAAGGGUGCUGAGGAUUCACUGGCUAAUUUAGCAAUAUGGGAACCGGCUCAUGGUCUCUUCGGCUUCAAACAUCCAUGGCAACAAUAUCUCAAGAUUGGCGUUGCAUUGAGACGUUGUGCUUAUUGUGUGGAAACUCUCAACGGUUGUAUCAAUUCCGAUAUUCAGGCACCACAAUAUGUAAAAAAACAUCUGAAUGAAGUAUGUACAAAAGUGAGUUUGGAAGCAGCAAAGGUCUUGAAAGAGACGGCGAACUCUAUCAAGUCGAUGACCAAGUCUCCGUGCAUAGAUAGCUUGAUCGAAGAGAUGAACAUCUCCGUCGAAGAACUCCACACCGCAUUGAGAACUCUCCCGAACAAGAAAGUAACAUCGUCGUCUCAAGGAAUCGAAACUAUGUCUUUUAUAGAAGCCUUACCAAUUAUCCCUGUUACCUCAUUGUUGAUUGAGAUAUCAACAAGAGUUGAAGGAGUUGUAGAUAGUGUAGAAGAGUUAGCAGAGCUUGCAAGUUUCAAGACUAGUGAAAUUGAGAAGCAUGAGCAAUCUAAUGAAGAUCAAGGAAAAGUAGUCACAAUAGAAGUUCAACAAGUUUAAGUUCUAUGUAGAUUAAAGGGUGAAUAAAAUUAAAUGAAGAGUUUUAAUUAAUCACUUGGUGUUGGUUAAUUAAUGGAAGUUGAUGGCA